AUGGCUCUUUCUAUGGACUUCGCCGGGGACAAGAGCAAGCGGUCCAAGUCCAGAAGCGGGUGUCUUACCUGCAAGAAGAAGCGGCUCAAGUGUGGGGAGGAGAAACCAGCGUGCUUGAACUGUGUCCGCAAAAAGAUUGUUUGUGGAGGGUAUCAGACCCAUUUCAAGUGGAAGGGCUUCAACCAGACGUCUCCGCCCGAGCCUGCUCCGAAAUCUCGCCAGCCGUCGGUCAGCGUACCAAAGGACCGGCAGAAGUCGCCCCAGAAGACCGUUGUUCAGCCAGCUACCAAGCCGGAGAGUGCCGAGAAAGUCCCGUCGUCUGUUAUCCAGAAGGCCCUGGAGGCGGCCACAUUGUCUGUGACGGGCAAGUCGGCGCAGGAGGUGGCCAUUGCGAACGCCCUGAUGGCCAGCGGACGCAAUCCGGACCUGGCCUCGUCGAUUGCUUCCACGCUUACUGGAAUAGCCGCUAAAACACCACCUUCCGUUCACGGCGACCACAGUCCCGGCUCCCCGCUGAUCAAACGCGAGGAGUCCUCUGUCGAGAUGGGUCUUGACGAUGAAUCCAAGACCACCGUCAUGUCCUCGUACGGGACAACGUCAAACUCCGGCAUCAGUCCGCUCAACAUCCCCAGUCCCGACCUGAGCGAGUCCAUUUCGUCGCCGCUGAACCUGUUUAAGGACCAUUCGAUGAAAAACCCGCACGCGUUUGCCCCAGGCAACAUUCUGUACGAAAUUCUCAACAGCUCCACCACGCCAGACGGGAAACUCGACUCGCCGCGUCUUAUUUCGCAGCUCGAAAAAAAUCCGUCCGCCAUGGAACAGUACCAGAUGCUUGUGGCCAGCCCCAACUACAGCUCGUUCUUCAAGUCCGCAAUGUCGCCGCUUAUUCCGGUCUCUCCCUUCCCGAGCACAGACAUCCACGACUCCGCUACGCCGUCGGCCCCCUCGCCAGCAUUUUCCAGCAUCAUCAAUGCAUUUGCCAGUUUCGAGCAUUCCAACGUCGCCACCCCCGACAGUUACGAGAUCGUGCAUCAGGACUCUGUGAUGGCCCCGCACCAUCUCCUGCGCGACAAGGAGUCUCCCAAGUCCGCGGCUGUGUCUCCGUCGGAGUUUUCCAUCCUCAGCUCCAUUCCAAAAGUGAUCGAGCUUAAUGACCAGUCGUCCAAGAUUCUGAACGCGUACGAAAGAUACACCAGUGCGAUCAUGUCCAUCAAGAAUGGGCCGUCCGAAAACCCGUGGCGAACGCUGUUUCUCCCGCUCACACAGCAGUAUCCCGUCGUGUGCAACGCGGUCAGCGCCAUGGCGUGCUUCCACCUGGCGCGCGGCGACUCGCAGCUCCGCUCGCAGGGCAUGAAACACAUGAAGAGCGCCAUCGUCGACCUUGUCCAUGGACUCAGCGACAAAACGCUUCCGCCCGACGUUGCGCUCGCCUCGUGUCUGGCCCUCGCCAUGGGCGAGGCAUGGGACCGUCACGUGACCACGGGUAUUGGGCAUCUGCGCGGAGCAAGAACCAUGAUUCUGCAGAUAAUGAACAACCUGCAAGGGGGGCAGAAAGCGUUGGUGCAGAUCGAGGACGGCCGCGCGUCGAGCCGGUCAAGCUCGUUCUCUAGCGCAGGCACUCCUGCUAGCUCGGGAGCAGAUCGCAAGGUUUCCAGUAACCUGCAAUUUCUGUUCAACACGUGGAUGUACUUUGACGUGCUGGCACGCAUGACCACAGACCCGGACGAGGAGGAGGCAAAGCUCUCUCACAUCCGCGCGGACGAGGCAGACGAUGAGAAACCACGCAAAAAGCGCAAGGUCAACGACUUCGACACCAUCAUGGACAAGUUCCAGGAGUCGAAGGUGAACUCGUCGCAAGACAUCGACCCGUUGCUUGGAGUGAUGCAGAAACUGUUCCCAAUCAUUGGAAAUGUAGCCGGGUUAAUCCACCAGGUUCGCAGAGAGUCCAAGAACACGCUUAGUAUCAUCACACAGGCUGUGAAUUUGAAACGGGAGCUGGAGAACUGGAAGCCACCCACAUUGCGCAGUUUCCAGGUUGAGGACCCACUGUUUGACCUGCCGUCGACGCUGGCCACUGCCGAGGCAUACAGAUACUCGACACUGUUAUACUUGCACCAGGCUGUUCCCGAGAUCCCGUCCAAGUCGUCUCACAACCUGGCCGAGAAAGUGCUGAUGCUACUUGCGUCGAUCCCAGAUUCGUCGCGUACAUGUGUGACACACAUCUACCCGCUGUUGGUGGCCUCAUGCGAGGCGUUGCCGGGAGAAGAGCGGGAAUGGGUGAAAGAGAAAUGGAAGCUACUUGGGUCUAAGAUGUGGCUGGGAAGUAUCGACCGGUCGCUCGAGGUGGUCAAAGAAGUGUGGUCGCGGAAAGAUAUCAUGCGGCGCAAAAGAGAACAGGAACGCGGCAAGGAAAACGCAAACCAUGAAGAAGAAGAUGAUUCAUUCGCCUAUCUAAGUAAAAAGAUCAACGAGGCGGUCAACGGAGACGACGACAUCGACGAGGAAGACAGUCGGAUCAAGAGCUGGACCCAUUGGACCACUGUCAUGAAAGAGUGGGGGUGGGAGGUGUUGCUGGCCUGA